AUGCCAAUUAGGUCGAACAUGUUUUCAGAUUUCAUCUGGUCGUUUAUGUCGAAACCGGAAGCUGUAAAACCAGCGACCAAGAGCCGCCUCUUCCUUCUUCCUCCCGAGCUCCGGAACGUUAUCUACGAAUACGUCCUAACCACACCAGACGCAACGCUAAAGUACACGACAAACGACACCUCCGGCCACAAACAGCUCAAUCAGCUACAGUAUGUCAAUAAACAGCUACACCAGGAGUGCGCACACCUUGAGUUGAAGUUCAAUACUACCAUCACGAUCUCUACCCGGGCCGAAGGCAAGACCACUGCCACCGAACAAUUCUUUGCGCUUCUCGCAUCUCUUCCAGAAGAGAAACACAAAUGGCUCCGAACUGUGGCUCUGCAAAAUACCGACGCUGAUGUGAACGAGUACUUGACGCAAAGGAAUAAUCCAGGCAAAACGGCCCUCACACAGAUCGACAACCAAGCCAACAUGUGUCGACUAGCGAAACUGUGCAGACAGAUGCCAUAUAUUACCGUGGAAUUCAAAUGGUCAAUGUUCAGCGCCAAAGUGCUGAAGACAGCCUCUAAUGGACCUGUCGUUCCUCUCAUGGUAAUCGCACUUGGGGUUGCCUUAUCAGAGCUUCUCUUAGGUGACUCAAGGACCGAACUCUGGCCUAUGGAACCGAACGCCAGACCAGUCAUAGAAAAAGGGUUGGAGAUCGUAAGAGGGUGGAACGUAUUUGAUAUAAAGGGCGAGACGUCGCAACCAUUACAUGAGAGUUUACGGGCGGAUAAUUUGCACUUCUUCCCCAUGGAAGAUAUCCUAGAAUCGGAGGAAGUCCCCGUACGCACAGGAGCUCACUUCAACAAUAAAGGGGAAGAUCUUUCGCCGAUAUGGACAGCGACGAUUAGGAAGUGGGUGGCGGAGGGUCUAUAA